CAGAGCGUCCCUCGGCAGCCAAUGAGGAAGCAGCCCAUGAAUUCGAACACAGCCUGUGUGUGUCUCUUUAAUGUGUGCCGCUCCGCCCCUCGCGCUCAGUGCGCCUCGCGCCUCUUCCUCCUCAUGGCUGCUGCUCCUCUCUCUCCUCUCUACCUGGGCCUGGACUUCAGCACCCAGCAGCUGAAGGUUGUCGCCAUCGAUGGCGACCUCAGCGUGGUCCAUCAGGACGCCGUCCAGUUCGACUCUGAGCUGCCCCACUACAGGACUCGCGGUGGAGUUCAUAUCCAUGCUGACAAACUGACCGUCACCUCACCGGUGCUCAUGUGGGUCCAGGCUCUGGACCUGCUGCUGGACAAGAUGAAGAGGGCUGGGUUUGACUUCUCCAGGGUGGAAGCGUUAUCGGGCAGCGGACAGCAACAUGGCGGCGUGUUCUGGAAGAAAGGAGCCGCUCAGACUUUGGCCCGCCUGGACCCGGGUCAGAACCUCUACCAGCAGUUGCAGGACGGCUUCUCAGUGCAGGACAGUCCGGUGUGGAUGGACUCCAGCAGCAGCCAGCAAUGCAGGGACCUGCAGAAGGCAGCAGGGGGCGCUCUGAGGCUGGCAGAGAUCACUGGAUCCAGAGCCUACGAGCGCUUCACAGGAAACCAGAUCUCCAAACUUCUGCAGACCCGUUCGGACCAGUUCCAGGACACAGAGAGGAUCUCGUUGGUGAGCAGCUUUGCAGCCUCUCUCUUCCUCGGUGGUUACGCCGCCAUCGACUACAGCGACGGUUCUGGGAUGAAUCUGCUGGACAUCCGGGCCAGAAACUGGUCUCAGAUCUGCCUGGACGCAACAGCUCCUGACCUGGACCGACUGCUAGGAGCUCCUCUUCCCUCCACGGCUGUACUGGGUUCUGUCUCCUCAUACUUUGUGCAUCGGUUUGGUUUCUCUGAGAGCUGCCGGGUGGUGGCGUUCACCGGAGACAAUCCAGCAUCUCUGGCUGGAAUGAGGCUCCAUCAGGGCGACAUGGCUGUCAGUCUGGGGACCAGCGACACGGUGUUCCUGUGGCUCCAGGAGCCCCGGCCGGCCCUCGAGGGCCAUGUCUUCUGCAACCCUGUGGAGCUGCAGGCCUACAUGGCCCUGCUGUGCUUUAAGAACGGGUCCCUGACCAGAGAGCGGGUCCGGAACCAGUGUGCUGCAGGGUCCUGGGAAGCUUUCUCUGAUGCUUUGAAGGAGACGCCGCUCGGAAACAACGGGAACAUCGGCUUUUAUUUUGACACCAUGGAGAUCACUCCUCCCGCCGUUGGCGUCCAUCGCUUCGACUCUAACGACCGUGAGGUGUCCCAGUGGAGUCCUGAGGUGGAGAUCAGGGCUCUGGUUGAGGGUCAGUUUCUGUCCCGCAGGCUCCACGCCGAGCGACUCGGAUACUCCAUCGUUCCAGGAACCAGAGUUCUGGCCACCGGAGGAGCUUCUGCCAACCAGCAGAUCCUGCAGGUUCUGUCUGACGUGUUCAAUGCCCCGGUUUACACCAUCGACCUGUCCGACUCCACCUGCUUAGGCUCCGCCUACCGAGCUCUGCAUGGUCUGGUGGCAGAUUCUGGUGUCUCCUUCCUGGAGGUUGUGAAGAAAGCUCCGGAACCUCAGCUGGUCUGCACCCCCCACCCUACAGCACAGCAGGUGUACAACCAGAUGUUGAAACGCUUUGCACAGCUGGAGGAGAGGGUCCUGCAGAGGACUGAGCCGACCAAUGAGAGCCGAUCGUGAUGAUAAAGAAUCCCAGGUUACCAUGGCGACGGGUUUGGUUGUCUACCUGGCUGAAUGACAACAGGAGGGAAACCAGCAGGACGAUCAGACCUCUGCAGCCUGCAGGAGGAAACGGGUCCACAGCAACAGAUCUCUGUCUCUUUUCUUUUUAAAAGAAUAAAAUCAGAUUUUAAUUCAA